AUGGGCUCGUUUCCCAAGAAAUCCUUUGAGCUCUAUCCAUCUGAGGGACUUGGAUUCCUCACGUUGGGCCAUUCGCUAUUCCAAACUUACGCGCUAUUAAAGAAACACGGUUUGCACAACGAUAUUAGAUUUAUCUACUCCAACUCCUCAAAGACCACUGUUUUGCAACUGACGCGGGUCAGCAUCAACCUCAUUUUCGAGUCCGCAUACCAGAAACUUAUUCUGAUUGAGGUCAACGAGGUGGGUAAGGUGGGGGUUGAGUUCACUUUCAAAAACGAACCAAUUGGCUCCUUAUCUUUCAAACAUAUUUAUAACCGGCUGUUUGGCCCAACAUAUCCCGGGGUGGAGAAUCCCGCGUCCAAUAGUUACUGUCUCUCAUAUCCUGGAAUAGCGUUCCGAUUCAGCUUAGAUCAGUUGUCGGAAAACCAAAACAAAGACGAUCUCAACAGAGUUUUAAACAGCAGCAAAAAAGACGUCAAUUGCUCCUCCUUCACAAUCUUCAAAGGCGACAACUGGACAGACGCAGUUACCAACAUCAACAAAAUUCUUGAUACCAAGAACCUUCAAGAAAGAUACAGCUUGCUGCCGUCGCUGUAUCCGAAAGCCUCGGAGAAUGUCAAGAGACAGAUUCUGUAUGCUCGCAUUAACAAUUUGAGUGCCCCGAAUCUCGAAAUAUAUUACAAAAGCCAGCAGAAAGCGUCGUUCCACUUGGAGCUGGGAACUACGUCGAUGCGAAACGUUCUGGGCUAUUUGGGGUCUCCGGACGAUACGUUUUUAAAGAACGGAGAUUCUCGUAUUUCGUCAAAGUCCGAGAAAUUUAACGUCUACAAGGUCCAUAACUACUACAGGUACGGCAUAGAUUGUUUCUAUAAGAUGGACGAGUCGUCCGUGAUCGGAUCUGCAGUUUUAUCCAAAGUGACGCUUCACACAAAUAUUGAAAACUCACUGGACUUUCUCAAAUACGAGAAAAUCAACGUUGAAGUUAACAAAAUCAGCUACAACCACCAAUACACAUGGAACACCACCGAGGCCUUUGAUAGGAUGUACGAGUUCUUGUCCCCACAGUCCAAGGACAAAUCUGUGUUCCUCAACAGAAAAGACUACGAGCUCAACUCUUUUAGUACAACAAAUAACGAAUUCGAAAUGAUCGGCUACGAUGACAACGUGGAAAGCAGCACAUCUGCUGAAAACGAAAGCUCAUGCUCCACAAACCCAGAAGAAACAGACGACUACAAGAAUUGGGGGUUGACUAAGCUUGUUGGGGACAAACAUUAUGUUUUCGAGGUGUUACUUGACGGGAACAAAGUCAGCUCCGUUACAGUAGUACAAUGA